AUGGAGGCGGCCGUCGGCGCCCCCGACGGCGGGGACCAGGGCGGCGCGGGGCCCCGCGAGGACGCGACGCCCAUGGACGCCUAUCUGCGGAAGCUGGGCUUGUAUCGGAAGCUGGUGGCCAAGGACGGGUCGUGCCUGUUCCGGGCCGUGGCCGAGCAGGUGCUGCACUCUCAGUCCCGCCAUGUCGAAGUUAGGAUGGCCUGCAUUCACUAUCUUCGAGAGAACAGAGAGAAAUUUGAAGCGUUUAUAGAAGGGUCUUUUGAAGAGUACUUAAAACGUUUGGAAAAUCCACAGGAAUGGGUUGGACAAGUGGAAAUAAGUGCCCUUUCUCUCAUGUACAGGAAAGAUUUUGUAAUUUAUCGGGAACCAAAUGUUUCUCCUUCACAAGUAACUGAAAAUAAUUUUCCUGAAAAGGUAUUACUGUGUUUUUCAAAUGGAAAUCAUUAUGAUAUUGUCUAUCCCAUAAAGUAUAAAGAGAGCUCUGCUGUGUGUCAGUCUCUCCUUUAUGAACUGCUAUAUGAAAAGGUAUUUAAAACUGAUGUUAGUAAAAUCUUGAUGGGACUAGACUCGUCUGAAGUAGCUGAUGAAAACAGCAGUGAAAUAUCAGACUCGGAAGAUGACAGUUGCAAGAGUAAAAUCACCACUACUAAUGAUGUGAAUGGACUUAAAGCGUUGUCAAGUGAUCAGCAAUCGAACAGCAACGGGAGCACUCACGGCCUGCCUUUGCCUAGAAAGGUUCUUAAGUCACUCAGUCCAGCAGUGUAUAGAAAUGUGGAGUAUGAAAUCUGGCUGAAGUCUAAACAAGCCCAGCAGAAGCGAGAUCAUUCCAUCGCGGCCGGCUUGCAGUACGAAGUUGCAGAGAAAUGCCACGUCAGAUUGGAUCACAAUGCAAAACUUUCUAAUGCAGACUUUCAAGGGGCUCACUCUGAGAAUGGACCAGUGUUGGCAGAAGAACUUGGAAAGAAACAUUCACCGAAGAACCUCAAAACACCCCCAACUGAAAGCUGGAACACAGUUUCAGGGAAGAAGAUGAAAAAACCUUCUUCUGGACAAAAUUUCCAUUCUGACAUGGAUUACAGAGGGCCAAAGAAUUCAAGCAAGCCAGUAAAAGCCCCAUCAGCACUACCUCCUCGACUCCAGCAUCCUUCGGGAGUGAGACAGCAUGUGUUUCCCAGCCACCCGGCAGGGCCACAGGCUCAGAAACCCUCCAGUGAGCACAAAGGUCUUAGCAGGACACCCACCCAGAUUGCAAGAAAAUCUGAUCGUGAGAGAGCUGAGGAUUUUGAUCACACGAGUCGAGAAUCUAACUAUUUUGGCCUCUCCCCAGAGGAGCGAAGAGAGAAGCAAGCUAUAGAAGAAUCUCGCUUGCUCUACGAGAUUCAGAACAGAGACGAACAGGCUUUCCCAGCCCUUUCCAGCUCCUCUGUCAGUCAGCCUGCCUCUCAGAGUAGCAACCCAUCCAUCCAGAGAAAAUCAUCACAUGCAAGUGAUAGGAAAGGAAGCAGGCGGAGAGUGGAGACUGAAGAAAGAAAAGAUAAAGACUCGCUCCAUGGACAUGUUCACUUGGAUAGAAAACCCGAGCCAAGCACAUUGGAGAAUAUUAGCGAUGAUAAAUGUGCAAGAGAUUCAUCACCGUCAAAGUCAAAGAAAUUAGAGUGCCCGCCACCUGCGGAACAAAAGCCAGCAGAACACGUGUCUUCAUCGAAUCCAGCCCCCCUUCUAGUUUCUCCAGAGGUACACCUAACCCCUGCGGUGCCUUCUUUACCAGCCACUGUGCCAGCCUGGCCAAGUGAACCUACAACUUUUGGACCAACAGGUGUCCCUGCUCAAAUUCCUGUUUUGUCAGUGACACAGACCCUGACCAGUGGACCCGAUUCUGCUGUUUCCCAAGCUCAUCUGACGCCCUCUCCAGUCCCUGUGUCGAUACAGGCAGUUAACCAGCCCAUGAUGCCUUUGCCUCAGACACUGAGCCUUUACCAAGACCCGCUCUAUCCCGGGUUUCCUUAUAAUGAAAAGGGGGAUCGAGCCAUUGCACCACCGUAUUCACUGUGUCCCACCGGGGAGGACCUGCCUAAAGAUAAGAACAUUCUUCGAUUCUUCUUCAAUCUUGGUGUAAAGGCUUACAGUUGUCCUAUGUGGGCCCCGCAUUCUUACCUGUACCCUCUGCACCAGGCCUACCUGGCAGCCUGCAGGAUGUACCCCAAGGUCCCGGUCCCUGUGUAUCCUCACAAUCCUUGGUUUCAGGAAGCCCCUUCCGGCCAGAGUGACAGUGACUGUGCCUGCACGGACGCGCACUUCCCCCUGCAGACCCAGGCCGGUGUCAACGGGCAGAUGCCAGCCGCCGAGAUGGGCCCGCCCGCCUUUUCGUCGCCGCUGGUUCUCCCCCCGUCUCAGGUGUCGGACGGCCACGGGCAGUUGCCCUACCAGGCUGACCUCGAGUCGGAAAACUCGGGGCAGCUUCUCCACUCUGAAUACGAGGAGUCGCUCAGCGGCAAGAGCCUCUUCCCACCGCCGUCCUUCGGCCCCAACCCCUUCCUGGGCCCGGUCCCCAUCGCGCCCCCCUUCUUCCCUCCGGUCUGGUAUGGGUGCCCCUUCCAGGGCUUCGUGGAAAACCCGGUCCUGAGGCAGAACCUUGUGGUGCCCGCCGACGAGAAGGGAGACCUGGACCUGCCCCUGGAGACACUGCACCUGUCCGGGGAGUGCGGGCCCGCGGCGGCCGGCGAGUGCGCGGAGCAGCGGGGCGCCGAGGGCGCAAUCCCAGCCCCGGGCCCCCGCAGGCCCGAGGCCCGCGCCGAGCAGGCGUCCCAGACCCCGAAGGCCGACCCGGCUGGCGCCGCCCUCCCUGCCGGGGCGGAGGGCCAGGCCCACCCGCCCGCGCAGAUCCUCAGCAGAGAGGCGGACGCGGAGCCCAGACGGACCAUUCCCAGCCUGAAGGAGAAGCCGGGGAGCAGGAAGGACCCCAAAGCGGCCGCCGACGCGGGCCCCGGGCCCGGCAGCGCGGAGGGCAGGGCGCAGCGACCAAAGGAGGAGAGCUCGGAGGACGAGGGCGACGUGAGCAGCAUCCUGCGCGGCGGCAAGGCCAAGCAGUUCUACAGCCAGGCCUACGGCGGCAGGAAGUUCAAGGGCGACUGGGGCGCGGGCCGCGGCUUCCCGCACGCGCGCGGCGAGGAGGCCUGGAAGGGGGCACCGGGCCGCGGCCGCGACGACACCCCGUUCCCGCGCGGCGCCCGCGCGCGCCCUUUCCGCGGGGACCGCCGGCGCUCGGGCAUGGGCGACGCCCACCGCGGGCAGCACCCCUGAGCCGCCUGGAAGGGUGAUGGUGACGGUGAUGGUGACAUCAAACCCUCCUCAAGGGUCUCCUCCCUCCCGGCGCCCCGCCCACCGCGGACGAGAGUCGGGGUCGGGGUGCCCCGGGCGUCGCGCCUCCCUCUGUUCAGAUUCUGUUCAUUAUUUAUAGGGUGAUCGCCCCCAUAAAAAGUAGAGAAUAAGUUUGUUAAAGUAUUUUUUAUAAACAGCUUAAUAUAAAACAUAGAUUUAGUGUUUGUUUUUUCCUUAUAUAAGUUUAAUUUCAGGUGUUGGAAAUGUGUGCUUUCUAGUGUUUACUAAAUUAACAAGAAAAUAUACCAUUGGACACACGAUAGAUUCCAAAACAUAACAUUGCACCAAAUAGAAAUGUAUAUUUUAUUAUGCAAUGCCUUAGUCAUAAACUGGGCUCAAACAAUUCUCAGCCUAAAACACUGUCUUUUGAAAUGCUUCCAACCCAAAGGCCUUUCAUCUCAGUAUCUGUCAGACUUGAAUGAUGUCUUCUCUUUAAUAUGACACCUAAGGCAGCCUAUCAACCUGUGUCUUAGAAAUGUUGUAUAUAGUUCUUUUAAUAUUCAUAGGAUAUAUUUUUGAAUUUCGGUGAAUAUUUGUUGAACUUGAGAUCGCAUACAAGAACAGAUGUUUAAGAAAUAAUAGGACAUCUAAUGAAAUGGCUGUUUCCACCCAGAAUUCUCAGCACUGGUGUAAAUAUCAUGGUGCCUACUUGAGAGAAAUGUAGAUGCUAUGCAUUUGGAGAAUAAUCUGCAUCUGUUAAAACUGCAGACGUUUUUUAAUGCCACUUUAACACUAAUGCACUGACAGAUUUAAAUAUUUUGUGAGAAGAAACGUUAAAACUUUUUAGCUUGACAGGUUUCUAUGAGAGUGAGUUUCGUUUUUCUUCUUGCACCAUGGGUUGUGUCUCACUUUACAUUUGCAUGUUCGGUGUGUCACGGCUGGAACUGUCGGACAAGAAAAGGUGGUUGUGACUUCGAGUUCUUCUCUAGAGGAUGCUGCUAGAAAAUGGUUUUGCUUUGCUUUUUUUAGCUCGUUUCCCUGCGGUAACAGGCGUGUCUCGGCUUCUCCCUCCUGACUUCGCAGUAUUCAGCUAGAAGUUCCCUUUGCAUGUUGUACUCUGUUCCCGUGGAGACGCGACUCUCCAAAUUAACACAGUAUUCAUGCAUUCUGUGUUAUUCUGUAAAAUGACUAGUUAUUUGUACAUACCAUCGUGAAAAUCUCCCCCUUUUUGUUACCUUUUGAUCAGGAAGUUCGAGUGCUAUGCAAAGAACGUAGUGGUCCUCUGCAUGCCAUGUGUGAUGUACCUAGCCAAAAUAGUUUGUUGUUUUUUUUUUUUUUUAAAUAAAAGCAGAUUACUUUAAAAGCAAACAAUUCACUUGAAUUUGACAGACUGAAGUAGAUGAGCUUCCGGAGUUCUCAGAUCCGCUGGAGGGCUCGGGGGCUCUGCUGGACUAUAAUGAUGGUUACUUACUUACCUCUGUGCUGUUUUAAUUACCUAACGUCUGUGUGACUGCUGAUUUGAGUAGUGAUUAGUGUUUAGAUGUUUUGUAACAUAGGAUUUUAGAGAGCACUUUGGAAGAUAACAUUUUAUUAUGAUGGUGCUAGGCUAAAAUUUGUAAAGACUGGGAUGGUUGUGUGGAAAAGAGAAAAAUUCUUGACCUGUUGAAAGGAAUUUCUGUUGUCACCUUCUAAGCUGGAACAGUGGGGAAGGUACUGCUCAAGCCAUUUUUUCCUUAAUUACCAUCAGGAGGUAAGGAGCGAGAAGGUAAAGGGUCCUCCACUUUCAGCUCGUGCUUUUUUCAAUGCAGAAUUAGCUCGCCUGAUAAUGCUUACGAAAAAUCACAUUUAGAUGUAAUUUACCAGAUGUAAAAGUUCCAUAGAAGUUUGAUCUCAGGAGUCCAAAAGAAAUUGCUUUUUCCAGGGUCCUUCAUUUUAUUGACUGGGGUUUGAUCUGUUUCUUCUGGAAAUGUUUAAAAAGUUGGAUAGGAAAAAACACUGUUCUUCAUUUCUUCACUGUCUCUGUCUUACCUCAAUGAAGUAGCGGAAUACUCGUGUUCCUGAAGGAAAUACUGAUUUGCCUCCUGUUUCCCAUCUCUUACCUCUGAGACACGGUGUAGAGAAACAGUGCUGAGAGAGAACUUGAGCAGAUGGUACUUGACUCAGUGACCUCUGGGAUGAAAGAUCUGACUUUUGAUAAUUAGUUUAAAAAUGAUCAGACUUAGCAUGAAGGUCAGUUUCUUUUUUUUCCUCCCUUUGUGUUUGUUUUAGAUGUUUUAGUUUCAAGGGAUUUUUUUUUUUUUUUGCCUUAUGCUGUGGUCACAGUUAGGCCAGGCAAGCUUUUGUCCUCUUUCAUUUGAACAGACUCAUGAAGUUGAGAUGAAAUACAAAGUUUCUGAGAGGAAAACAAGCUUGAGAGAAGCGUAUGCAUUUUGAGUUGGGAAUUAAUGAAACUUCACUGUACUAUGAUCACACAUUUGGAAGAACAAACGUUUAGAAUGACCAAAGCUCACCUUUUCAUUCAGUUGCUUUUGCUAAAUGUGAUUCCUGCACCUUUCCCUUAAGUGUUGUGUAUGUUUCUGUCUUCGGGUUCGAUUCCUCAGAUCAGCCUUCCUUCAGCUCUUGCCCCAAGUGCUAGUUGGCUGCGGGGUGCUGGCAUCUGUGUAGGCCUCCUCUUUCCAGGAACCCACACAUUCGUUUUCACAGCCGACCUGUGCUCACACCCUGCCUUGACGACCUGGCAGGAGUCGGCAUUCCCAAACCACGAUGCCGAUAAGCUGAUUUGAGGCAAACUUUGUAUCUUGCAGUGUGUUGUUUUCUUUGUGACUCAAGGUUGAAUUUGAAAUGCCUGUGAACUGCAAACUUGCUUAUGAUUGACUUGGUGCAAUAAAGUUCCUUUCUAACCAUUUCUGGUUUAGAAAACAUUCAGCCAUCCUAGAAACUAGCAAUAUUUAUUUAUGCCUCACUUAUUUUAUCUUUUUAGUUUCAGAUGAGGUAAACUUACUAGUCUUUCACAUGGGUACUAAGCAAGGUCCAUUUUAGUGUAGCUAAAGAGAAUGUAUUUGGCUACACUAUUUCUGUUUACUGUAUUUUGUUCCCUAUUUUAUGUCUAAAUAGCAUUUAAAAUGUUUUUGUUGAAAAUCUUAAUGGCUCAGUUCUAUAUGUUAGUUUCAAAGAACUAAGGCUUUGCUACUAGUGUCAGCCAUUUAAUCUCCCACUAAUUGGAUUUCCCACUAAUUGGGAAUUUUUUCCCCCUGAAAUAUAAGUUUUAGAGAAUCCUAGAAGAGGGGUGGGUGCAUGUCUUAAUGCUGGGAAACAGCAACUUUGGGGUUGAAUUUACUUGAAUGGAUUAAAAACUGCAUUGUUACGAGCUAGAAAAAAAUUUAUGUAUGAGAAAAUGAUAAUAGCCUUACACUGAGUACAAAUAAUACUUAAAAGCAUGUGAAGAUGUGAUCAUUUGUGAUGUUACUUGUAAAAAAAAGUAUAUUAUACAUAUCUUUUGAAGUGUUGAAAGGAAAAUAGUACUUUAUAUUCUUUAUCAUAUCACUUUUUGUAAGUGUUGAAUAUAAUCCUGUUUAUUUUUCUAUGUUCUGUUUUGUAGCCUUAAGAAGUGUUUCAAACAUAUCUGAAUGUAUAAAAUAAGAGUAAAUGCCCUACAUGGUGUGAUGCUGCAUUAUAUAUAAAACUGUGUGCAUAUAUU